AUGAAUUGGACGAUGAUGAGGUUAUCAAGGCGGGAUAUGUGCUUGCAUAGAAUGGUUAAAAGGGACGAAAUGAGGCCGUGGGCCGAGGUCCGAGCGCGUGGAAAUCCGGGGAAGGUGCGAGCGGACGACAUGGAGCCAUCCGUGCUUGCCAUGCGCAUGGAUGGGCAAUCACGGAGCCACGGAGCCACGGAGCCCACAGCAAGGGACGGGGGGUCAUGCAGUUCGUGCGACUGCCGAACCGAGCGACGCGUCGCACUUUUACCUAGCAGCAGUACGUAG